AUGGCGGGGCAACUAUUUGCGACACCUUGCGGGGAGAAGAAGACUAUGGCGGGGCAACUAUUUGCAACACCUUGUCGGAGAAAAGACUAUGGCGGGGCAACUAUUUGCGACACCUUGCCGCGGGAGAGGAGAAGACUAUGGCGGGGCAACUAUUUGCAACACCUUGUCGGAGAAAAGACUAUGGCGGGGCAACUAUUUGCGACACCUUGUCGGAGGAAAGACUAUGGCGGGGCAACUAUUUGCAACACCUUGUCGGAGAAAAGACUAUGGCGGGGCGACUAUUUGCGACACCUUGUCGCGGGAGAGGAUGGAAGACUAUGGCGGGGGCAACUAUUUGCGACACCUUGUCGGAGAAAAGACUAUGGCGGGGCGACUAUUUGCGACACCUUGUCGGAGAAAAGACUAUGGCGGGGAAACUAUUUGCGACACCUUGUCGGAGAAAAGACUAUGGUGGGGCGACUAUUUGCGACACCUUGUCGGAGGAAAGACUAUGGCGGGGCGACUAUUUGCAAGACCUUGUUGGAGAAAAGACUAUGGCAGGGCGACUAUUUGCAACACCUUGUCGGAGGAAAGACUAUGGCGGGGCGACUAUUUGCGACACCUUGUCGGAGGAAAGACUAUGGCGGGGCGACUAUUUGCGACACCUUGUCGGAGAAAAGACUAUGGUGGGGCGACUAUUUGCGACACCUUGUCGGAGAAAAGACUAUGGCGGGGCAACUAUUUGCAACACCUUGUCGGAGAAAAGACUAUGGCGGGGCGACUAUUUGCGACACCUUGUCGGAGGAAAGACUAUGGCAGGGCAACUAUCUGCGACACCUUGUUGGAGGAAAGACUAUGGCAGGGCAACUAUUUGCAACACCUUGUCGGAGAAAAGACUAUGGCGGGGCGACUAUUUGCAACACCUUGUCGGAGAAAAGACUAUGGCGGGGCAACUAUUUGCGACACCUUGUCGGAGAAAAGACUAUGGCGGUGCAACUAUUUGCAACACCUUGUCGGAGAAAAGACUAUGGCAGGGCAACUAUUUGCGACACCUUGUCGGAGAAAAGACUACAGCGGUGCAACUAUUUGCAACACCUUGUCGGAGAAAAGACUAUGGCAGGGCAACUAUUUGCAACAUCUUGUCGGAGAAAAGACUAUGGCGACGACUAUUUGCGACACCUUGUCGGAGGAAAGACUAUGGCGGGGCAACUAUUUGCAACACCUUGUCGGAGAAAAGACUACGACGGGGCAACUAUUUGCGACACCUUGUCGGAGAAAAGACUAUGGCGGGGCUACUAUUUGCGACACCUUGUCGGAGAAAAGACUAUGGCGGGGCGACUAUUUGCGACACCUUGUCGAAGAACAGAGGAUGGACUAUUGAAUGUCGGAAGCGGGUGGCAACUAUUUGCAACACCUUGUCGGAGAAAAGACUAUGGCGGGGCAACUAUUUGCGACACCUUGUCGGAGGAAAGACUAUGGCGGGGCAACUAUUUGCAACACCUUGUCGGAGAAAAGACUAUGGCGGGGCGACUAUUUGCGACACCUUGUCGCGGGGAGGAAGGGAAGACUAUGGCGGGGGCAACUAUUUGCGACACCUUGUCGGAGGAAAGACUAUGGCGGGGCAACUAUUUGCGACACCUUGUCGGAGGAAAAGACUAUGGCGGGGCAACUAUUUGCGACACCUUGUCGGGAAGAAUGGGGGUUUCGGAGAAAAGACUAUGGCGGGGCAACUAUUUGCGACACCUUGUCGGAGGAAAGACUAUGGAAGGUGGAAGUCUAUUUGCAACACCCGAGAAAGGGGGGCAACUAUUUGCGACACCUUGUCGGAGAAAAGACUAUGGGGCGACUAUUUGCGACACCUUGUCGGAGAAAAGACUAUAG